AUGUGUUACUAUAGCAGCUACUAUGAUGGCCUGGGCUAUGGCUGUGGUGGCCUAGGCCGUAGCUAUGGCUGUGGUUAUGGUGGCUAUGGUGGCUAUGGUCUCUAUGGUGACCAUGGUGGAUAUGGUGGCUGUGGUCUCUAUGGUGGCUGUGGCUGCAGGUGCUGCCGCCCACUGUGCUGUGGAAGGUACUGGUCCUAUGGCUUCUACUGA